CGCCGACUGUUUAUGAUGGACAAUUUAUUUCCCAGUGCAAAGUCAACAUAACAUAGCAAACGUACAACAAUUAUUAACAUUUUUCUGGGGGCCCUCAUGAGGCUGGGGAGUCAGUCAGUACCGGAGAGGAGCUCCGGGAGCAGGCUUAACUUUCCCCGGGACACAGAACAACUUCCCCGGCGUCAUGACUCUCUACCACGGCCGUCUGCCGUCUCUCGGAGUGCCAUCGGCUCUGAGCUUCUCCGGCCCCCCGCUCAUCUACUUGUACGGAGGGGACAGCGGAGGGGUCGUGCCUGCUGCCCUGAGCUUCAUGCCGGCCCGCCAGGAGCCUCCGCAGAAGCCGCCCUACAGCUACAUCGCGCUCAUCGCCAUGGCCAUCAAGAGCGCACCGGAGCAGCGCGCGACGCUCAGCGGCAUCUACCAGUUCAUCAUGGAGCGCUUCCCCUUUUAUCACGACAACAAGCAGGGCUGGCAGAACUCCAUCCGCCACAACCUCUCCCUGAAUGACUGCUUCAUCAAGGUGCCCAGAGAGAAGGGCCGGCCCGGCAAAGGCAGCUACUGGACCCUGGACACCAAGUGUCUGGAUAUGUUUGAGAACGGCAACUACCGUCGGAGGAAGAGGAAGACAAAGAGCCAGCAGGACGCUCUGGACUCCAAAGCCCGCGGACACAAGCGCACGAAGGGCCCGGGCCCAACCAGGGACCCUCAAUCCUCUCUGAGCCAUCAUACUGACUCCGGGGCAGAGGAACCAGCGAGGCAGGAUGCGGAGAGGAUGGAGACACAAGGUGACGCACAAGCGGUUCUCGUCCAGUUUAACCACGCGGAACUGUCGCAAAAUCCCUCCAUGCAGAGACCUAAAGUGUCCCCUAACCAAGACACCCUCGGGAGGAUGCGUGACGGCCCCCAGCCUACAUGUCCCGCUCUGAGACAUACUCCGCUGUGCAUGGACCACCGGGAGCCAGAGGAGAGAAGGUCAGCGUUCAGCGGUAGAGAAAAGGAGAGAGGUCCGCUCUGCGCCGUCAGCUGCACAGGAAACACAAAAUUGGCUGCACUCGCGCGGGACAGGCCGAAAGGAAAUGUACAGAGCAGGGAUAAAUCGAAAGCUUUUAGCAUCGAGAGCAUCUUGUCGAAAAGUGAAGACGAAAUGCGCAGCAGCGUCCUCGGUUUGUCAACGGAGACAUGCGCAGAGCGCUCAAACUCCGAGUUCAGCUCGUCCGUGGUGCUCGGUGCUCGGCCACAUCAGUUGUACCAGAUGGGAUUCCCCUUCUGCUCUUACCUGUCACUCGCAUACCCCGACAAAGUACUGCAUUUUAAAUGAGUACAACUAUGAAUUUCAAGACUUUAAUGUAUUUACGCACGGAUGCGUGGAAGUGGGACCUCUGUAAUUAGCUUUGCUUGAUGAGUUACUACGAGAAAUCGUAAUGUUCUGCUCUUUUCAGGAUCUUUGUCAUCCUCAUCUUCUACAGAAAUAUUCAGACAAUGACAAACAGCAGCAGGGAGUCUUUUAGAAUCAUGUUACCCAUGCGUAAUUGUCAGUGCUUGUUGUUUGUGGCUAUUAUUCCCAUAACUGUUGCUCCUCAAAGUAAGUCUAUGGCUGCGCAAUAUCAUGCUUCACAAAACCAAAAGGUAAAAAUAUAAACGGAUGUUGUCAUUGUCGUGUGAAUAUUAAGGCAAAGCUCAUAUAUAAAGAGUUUCUCUCUCCAUUCAUGAUGAUGAAAACCUUUAGAGUAAAUAUGUUAUGUAGUAGUUCAGGGAAGAAUCUUGAAAGUCAUGGCUGGGCCUGUGUAGCCUAUGAACUCUAGAGAUGCCACACAAUAUGAGAGUAAAGUUUACUACUCAAUAAUGUAACCAAAUGCUAUUUUACAUUCCACUCUGCUCUGAA